AUGUUUGAUCAUGACGAUCUUAAUCCUGUAGAUCAUCAGGAUGGUUCAAAUUCUAACCGUAAUAAACGUGAAACAAAAAACGACGAAGACCAGCAAUUUCGUUUCCGUGUUAAUCCAGUAGAUCAUCAGGACGGUUCAAAUUCUAACCGCAAUAAACGUGAAACAAAAAACGACGAAGACCAGCAAUUUCGUUUCCGUGUUAAUCCAGUAGAUCACCAGGACGGUUCAAAUUCUAACCGCAAUAAACGUGAAACAAAAAACGACGAAGACCAGCAAUUUCGUUUCCGUGUUAAUCCAGUAGAUCAUCAGGACGGUUCAAAUUCUAAUCGUAAUAAACGUGAAACAAAAAACGACGAAGACCAGCAAUUUCGUUUCCGUGUUAAUCCAGUAGAUCACCAGGACGGUUCAAAUUCUAAUCGUAAUAAACGUGAAACAAAAAACGACGAAGACCAGCAAUUUCGUUUCCGUGUUAAUCCAGAAGAUCACCAGGACGGUUCAAAUUCUAAUCGUAAUAAACGUGAAACAAAAAACGACGAAGACCAGCAAUUUCGUUUCCGUGUUAAUCCAGUAAAUCACCAGGACGGUUCAAAUUCUAAUCGUAAUAAACGUGAAACAAAAAACGACGAAGACCAGCAAUUUCGUUUCCGUGUUAAUCCAGUAGAUCACCAGGACGGUUCAAAUUCUAAUCGUAAUAAACGUGAAACAAAAAACGACGAAGACCAGCAAUUUCGUUUCCGUGUUAAUCCAGUAGAUCACCAGGACGGUUCAAAUUCUAAUCGUAAUAAACGUGAAACAAAAAACGACGAAGACCAGCAAUUUCGUUUCCGUGUUAAUCCAGUAGAUCACCAGGACGGUUCAAAUUCUAAUCGUAAUAAACGUGAAACAAAAAACGACGAAGACCAGCAAUUUCGUUUCCGUGUUAAUCCAGUAGAUCACCAGGACGGUUCAAAUUCUAACCGCAAUAAACGUGAAACAAAAAACGAUGAGGGCCAGCAAUUUCGUUUCCGUGUUAAUCCAGUAGAUCACCAGGACGGUUCAAAUUCUAACCGUAAUAAACGUGAAACAAAGGACCUAUUUCAAUAUUUCAGUUAA